AAUGAGUUCUGUCCGCAAAAACAUUCUCGUCGUGGACUUCAGCGUUCUCCCGGAACGCCCAAAGCUGGAGGUCGUGCAGCGGUUUGUCGAGAAAGGUCUGGGAAUAACUUCCUCCGACCUGAAAAGCAUCCAGCUGCACAACAUCCGCCAUUGCGUGCUCAUCGAGAUGGCGGACCCAGCAGCCGCCACCAAAAUAGCAUCGGACAACCACUGCAAGUACGCCUUUAAAGCCAACCCGACCAUCAAGAUUCCGUUCUACGUCGACGACAACACCGUCGACGUUCGGAUCCACGAUCUACCGCUAGACCUACCAAACGCCCAAAUUGCCGAAGCCAUGCGUGAGUACGGUGAUGUACUCACAAUCAGGGACGAGGUUUGGCGGAACUUUUUCGCCGGCGUGCCGAAUGGUGUGCGUGUGCUGAAGAUGAAGCUGUCCAAGCCCGUGCCAUCCUACAUCAAUGUGUGCGAACUUAGCACAUUAGCAACGCACACACAUCAAGUUGUCACGUGUCGCCGCUGUGGCGAAAAACGCCACGUUUCGAAGAGCUGCUCAGCAGCAGCAAAGCACCAACAAAAACCGAAAAAAUCUACUCCCCUUGCGCCGAUUGUUUUGCCUCCAGUCCAACCAACAGUUGUUGAAUCCCAAGUCGUUGCUCUUCUCACUGAGAACAAUGGCAAUGACGGAUUUACUACUGUUGGGAAGAAAGGCAAAGCAAAAAGGCAAUUAUCGGGUGAAGAAGUCAACCAAUCAGUGGAAAAAAGAAGCUGCUUGGAUGACGACACCAACACCGCACCGACACCGAAUUUCGAGAACGAACAAUGCAAUGACCCUGGACAACGAGAUCAACACAUUCUUCCACAAACAACGCCGAAAAGAAGACUGGGGAAGCCAGCCGUUUGACGGAGGACUACGCCAGUCAAUAAAUGAAAUUAUAUUAUUAUUAUUUUUUGAAUUGCGAUAUUAGUAACGCUUGGCCAAUCUAUGCUUGCAAA